CCGCCCUUCCCUCCGACAAAGACUAUUCCAAGUCGAAGCGUAUUUCUGCUUUCUUCAGACCAGUGUAUCUCUGAACAAGGAGAGCUGGUAUUUUCCUGCCUCACGGUCACUGCAACGAGCUUAUCAUGGAUGGUGUAGAAGUGUUUUGUGCGUCUUUAACUUGGUUUUACUUGUGAAGAGGCAGUCUGUUUGCUGGAUCCACUCAAGAGAAAUUGGGAAGAUGACCCGAAAUAACCCAGAGCCUAAGGCUCGGGAUGUCAUGGCAAUCCUUAUGAAGAUCUACCUUUUCACCUAUAACCUGAUUCAGUUCCUGGGCUUUGUGUGGAUCUUUUCCAAUAUAACUGCGCGUCUUGUUCUAGAGGGAAAGGACUCUGUUUAUCACACCUUCAGGUUCUGUUGGACUAUGAUGUUCAUUUGUCAGAUUUUGGCUGUGGUUGAGGUCAUUAACCCAGCCUUGGGGCUGGUGAACACAGCAGUCUUCCCUGCCAUGGUCCAGGUGAUGGGCAGGAAUGUCAUACUGUUUGUCAUUUUUGGAAGCCUGGGGGAAAUGCAGAACCGUGUUGUGGUGUUCUUUGUCUUCUACCUGUGGAGUACCAUUGAGAUCUUCAGGUACCCAUUUUAUAUGCUAGCCUGCAUUGGCUUGGAGUGGAGAUUGCUCACCUGGCUCAGGUACACCGUCUGGGCAUUACUUUACCCACUGAGCACUGUAGCAGAAGCUGUGGCUGUGGUGCAGUCUCUGACCCUUUUUGAUGAGUCGGGUCUGUACAGCAUUCGUCUACCUGGCCAGUCAAUCAGCUUUUCCCUCACACUCAAACUAUAUUUGUUUGUCAUGUUUCUGGGUCUUUUUAUAAACAUGAGGCAUCUGAUCAGCCAGAGAAGGCGCCAUUUCCUCAGGAGAGACCUCAAAGUUGACUGAGCCGGAAGCGCUUUUACCUAAAAGUUGAAGUAUUCACUAUGGACACACACACAAACUCUACAAUGAGGCAAGUGUGAAGUAUGACUGCAAUUCACAUGUUCUGGGCACUCUAUGGAUUACAUAGAAGACAACAGGAAUCCCUGAAGGGAGGGGCAUCAUACCAUAGCAAAUCCAAUUGUCAUGACUGUCAUCAUGAUCAACAGUAUUUUCUUUUCUUUUCUUUGAGUACUGCACUAUCUUAUCGUUCAGUCUCUUUAUUCAUUCCAUCUCUGUAUUACUUCUAGUCAUAAUAUAACAUUACAAAUAUGCACUGCACAGCACAGAAUGCUGUCUGGAACACGUACUGUAUGUGUGCCAUUUACAGUUUUUUUUCAAUUGAUAAAGUGCAUUGUGUGUAAAUCAUGCCUCAGUUUUCUGAAACUCUAAACACAAACCUGUAACUACUCACCAAAAUCAUCCUGUUUUCAGGUCAAAACUAAGCUCUACUUUCAAAACCAAUAUAGUAAAAAAAAACAAAAAAACUUUUGCUACAGCAAUGAGUAUUGUCGACAUUGCAGCCACUUCCAUUUUGGUACAACUUUGUGAAAACAAACGCAUGGACAACUGAAGUUAAUUAAAAAAUAACGCUGAACGUUUAGCCAUUUGGUUGGGUCAUUUUUCUUUGAGCCAGCUGGUUGUUUGUAGGGCACUCACUCGAUCCACAUUUCAGUCAGUUCACACACACAAUUUAAUGGGAUGGAAAGUUUUCUGAUCCCGGCAUGCGCACACCUUUUCUGUGACGUGAACCAUGAAGGGGUCUAUGGUGUUACAGUUUUGGAUUUAUAAUUCAUACGCCUAAUAAUUAGCCUGGCCCUGCCCGCCUUGUAUCUUCACUCAUUUUCAUUUCACUGAGAUACUAGUCUUGCCUGUCAAUGUGUUUACAUUCCCCAAAUGGUGGGGCCAAUCCACAACGAGAGGGGAUGACUAGUUUCAAAAUUAAAAGUAAAGGUGGUAAAUAGCAGCAAUGCCUUCGAAUGCAAACAUUGCAGUCAGAAGAAUGUCUAAAUCUAUACAGCAAAAGUAAAUACAUUGUUUCCUGAAUGCCAAAGUGGUUUAUUAUCAGUUUGUAUAGGCAGAGCCUUUCUAAUGGGGAGACACAGCACUCAAAAAUCCUUCCCAAUGGAAGUGUACCUAGACCUAGAAGUACAGUAGUGAGUCUGGUGAAACCAUGCUAGGUAAAACUAUUUAAACGAUUGUGAAAAACUUUACUUGGUAUUAUAUACAGUGAGGAGCACAAGUAUUUGAUACCAUGCUAAAGUUGCCUAAAAAGAGGAAUAUAAAAUCAUCAUUUGACAAUUGAUCUUAAUGUCUUAAUUCAAAAAAUGAGUAAAAAUAAAACCAAGUACAAGUACACCAAUUUGCUUUGUGAUUGAAGAAUGUAUCGUAAAUAAAUAAAUGUUCUUCCUAAAUGCUAGGGGGAAGGAAGUAUUUGAACCCCUAUGUAACCCUAUGGGAAUUUAACACAUAGGGUUAACGUAGGGGCAGGCAGAUUUUAUUUUUUUAAGGCCAGCUAUGUCAUGGAUCCAGGAUAUUAUGCAUCCUGAUAAAGUUCCCUUGGCCUUUGGAAUUAAAAUAGCCCCACAUCAUCACAUACCCUUCACCAUAGUUAGAG